UUUAAUAGUAGCAAAAGUGAAACGCCACUUCUUGCACCAAGCAGGAUCGCGACAACAUUUUCUUGAAGAAAUUAUUUGCAUAUCAGAACCUGUAAAUUCAGUUCCAUACAUAGCGGCAUGAGCAAGCCAUUAGCGAGUUAUUCACGUGAAACCCGUUUGAAAUGUCGACACGGUUUCUACCUUAAAGUGACAGAGAGUGGAGUUGAGGGAAGCCGGGACAGUGACGAUCGUUAUACUACUCUCACUAUGGAAUCGGUUAAGACAGCUGAAGUGAUGCUGAGAGGAAACGUAUCAGGAAAUUACAUCGCGAUGAACACCAAGGGAGAGUUGUACAGUACAAAUAGUCCAACUCACCCGGAGUGCGUCUUCAAAGAGAUUUUUGGAACGAAGUACAAUUCUUACCAAUCCACAUUGAAUCCUGCCUGGUACCUAGCUCUGACAAAACAAGGCGAGGCGAAGUAUGGGCCCAAAACUAAACCCGGACAGAGGGCUGUUGGCUUUAUAGCUGAAUGACUAAUGAACCGAAUACCAAAAGAGUUUAUUAGUAAUUUGUAAU